UGUUGGACUCACGGUUGACAUAAUUAUUAGGUUGGAGGGAGAAUAGAUUAGUGAAUGAUUUUACAACCUCCACCCUCACACGACAAAAUCAAAACCCUUGAUUUUGAUUUGUAGAAAUCUCAGAAGAUCAUCAUUAGGUCAAAACAGUAGUACGUUUCAAAUCUCUGGAUCGCUGAAUUCUGCCGCGUCUGCAAAAUUUUGCACAGAACCUUAUCAUGGGGGAUUUACCGCGUCAUGUGGCUGCUUGCUUGCACAGUGGCAAGCUUGCAAUGUUGGCGAUUUUAGUGUCUGCUGGGAUUGUACUGCAAAUACUGGCGUGUGCUUUGUACAAUAACUGGUGGCCUAUGUUAACAAUGAUCAUGUAUGUGCUUUUGCCAAUGCCGCUGAUUUUCUUCUUGGGGUCUGAUACUUCAUCACUACUUAAUAGUAGUGAGAGCGGCUGGGUUGGUGCAGCGAAGUUUUUGACCGGAUUUUCGCUAGUUGGAAGCAUAGCAAUACCAACAAUCUUAAAGCAUGCAGAUGUUAUUGGUUGGGGAGCAUGGACGAUGGUACUUUCAUCAUUCUUCAUUUUUAUUUCAGCCAUACUAUGUACCAUCAAAAUGAACAAUGAAGACGAGUACAGUAGCUUCUGAGAUGCAUGCAACUCCGACCUUUUCUCCAGGUUUUAUUUUUAGCGAGAAGUGUGGUUAUUUAUGUGAGUGUCAUUCAAAUUGUUUAUAAAAACAGAGGAAAAAGCUGUUCAUAGAUACAAUGAAUGUCUUUGUACAGAAUUAAUAUAAAGUGUUUUACUGUGCCUGAAA